AUGCUGAAACUGUUUGCACCUUCUAGGAGGAUAAUCGUGGGCCACAGAGCUCUGCGUGCGGUGCCCGCUCUGAAGGCGGGAGGUACGCGAUUCUACUCGUCGCAGCAGCAAACAUCCAAGCAUUUCUACCCGUUGUUGUUGCUUGGAGGGCUGGCCAUUGGUGUCACCUACUACAACCUCAACUCGACGAGCAAGCCGCCAAGGGCGUCCAUCGACCCGACCGGCCCGCUGUUCAGGGAAUCCGACAUCGACGUGAUAUUUGUGCUAGGCGGCCCUGGCUCCGGCAAGGGCACGCAGUGCGCCAAGCUGGUGAAGAAUUACGACUUUGUCCAUCUCUCGGCCGGCGACCUGUUGCGGGCCGAACAGGCCAACCCAAACUCCGAGUACGGCUCGCUGAUAGCACACUACAUCAAGGAGGGGCUGAUUGUGCCGCAGGAGAUCACGAUCAAUCUGCUGAAGAACGCGAUCGUGGAACAAUACUCGAAAAACAAGAAAACCAAGUUCCUGAUCGACGGGUUCCCCAGAAAAAUGGACCAGGCCGUUUCUUUCGAGGAUUUGAUAGUUAAGAGCAAGCUGACGCUGUACUUUGAGUGUCCGGAGGAAGUCAUGCUGCACAGAGUGCUCGAGAGAGGAAAGACGUCUGGAAGAGCAGACGACAACCUAGAGACCAUCAAGAAACGGUUCCGGACGUUUUUGGAGACCAGCAUGCCCGUGGUGGACUAUUUCGACAAACAGGGCCGCGUGGUCAAGGUCAGCUGCAAUCAGCCUGUGGAGGAGGUUUACAACAAGGUGGUGUCUGCGUUUGCAGAGAAGGGAGUUACCAAAUAG